UAGAGACGCUCCCCGGCGCGCGCCCUCCCGCCACCGCCGCGAGGCCACGCCCCUCCCCCCGAGUGGCGCGCCGGCCGCUCCCCCGCCCGCGCCGGCCUCCGCCGAGCGCCAUGGGCGAUGCUGCUCCCGGCGCGGGGCGGGCGGCGCCGGGCGAGAAUGGAAUUGAAAUACGGAUAUGCGUUGACUAAGGAGCUGGAAUAAGACGGAAUCCUGCUCUGUGAUAUUUAUAUACCUGGACCAUGAACUUGCUGUUUGGCUUCAUGCUUUAGGAACUGUCAUAGUAACUGUGUGAACUGUUGAGAACCAUGGCAUUCUCUCCAUGGAAGCUGUCCUCUCAGAAACUCGGCUUUUUUCUGGUGACUUUUGGUUUCAUCUGGGGAAUGAUGCUUCUGCAUUUUACUAUACAGCAGCAAACGCAACAUGAAAGCAGUACAGUCCUGCGUGAGCAAAUUUUGGACCUUAGCAAAAGGUACAUCAAAGCCUUAGCUGAAGAAAAUAAAAAUGUGGUUGAUGGGCCUUACGUUGGGACAGUGACAGCAUACGAUUUGAAGAAGACACUUGCUGUCUUGUUGGAUAAUAUCUUGCAGCGCAUUGGGAAGCUAGAGUCCAAGGUGGAAAAUCUUGUACUUAACGGAACAGGGGCAAACUCUACCAACAAUACUACCACUCCUGCUCCCAGCUUAGGAGCAGCUGAAAAGCUUAAUGUAGCAGAUCUCAUAAAUGGAGCCCAAGAGCAGUGUGAAUUGCCUCCUAUGGAUGGUUUUCCUCACUGUGAAGGGAAAAUAAAGUGGAUGAAAGAUAUGUGGCGAUCGGAUCCCUGUUACGCAAGUUACGGUGUAGAUGGGUCCACGUGCUCCUUUUUUAUUUACCUCAGUGAGGUUGAAAAUUGGUGUCCUCGUUUACCUUGGAGAGCAAAACAUCCCAAUGAAGAAACCGAUCAGAAAUCAGUGGCUGAAAUUCGUAUCAACUUUGAUAAUCUCUACAAAAUGAUGUCAAGGCAUGAGGAAUUCAGGUGGAUGAUGUUGCGCAUCAGACGAAUGGCUAAUAUCUGGAUUGAAGCAAUUAAAUCACUUGCAGAAAAACAGAAUUUGGAGAAGAGAAAACGGAAAAAGAUUCUUGUUCAUCUGGGGCUUUUGACAAAAGAAUCUGGAUUCAAGAUUGCAGAAAAUGCGUUUAGCGGUGGCCCACUUGGUGAAUUAGUCCAGUGGAGUGAUUUAAUUACAUCUCUCUACUUACUGGGCCAUGACAUCAGGAUUUCAGCUUCACUGGCAGAGCUCAAGGAGAUUAUGAAGAAGGUUGUGGGUAACAGAUCUGGCUGCCCCACCCAAGGAGAUAAAGUUGUAGAACUCAUUUACAUUGAUAUCGUGGGACUCACCCAGUUUAAGAAAACCCUUGGUCCGUCGUGGGUACAUUACCAGUGUAUGCUGAGAGUCCUGGAUUCCUUUGGAACUGAACCAGAGUUUAACCAUGCCCACUAUGCCCAGUCUAAAGGCCACAAGACACCAUGGGGAAAAUGGAACCUUAAUCCACAGCAAUUUUAUACAAUGUUCCCUCACACUCCGGAUAACAGCUUCCUUGGAUUUGUGGUAGAGCAGCAUCUGAAUUCCAGUGAUAUUAAACACAUUAACGACAUCAAAAGGCAGAAUCAAUCUCUUGUUUAUGGCAAAGUGGAUAAUUUUUGGAAGGAUAAGAAGGCUUAUCUGGACGUCAUCCACAACUAUAUGGAAGUCCAUGGAACUGUUCAUGGGACAAGCACCAUGUAUAUUCCCGGCUACGUGAAAAACCAUGGUAUACUCAGUGGGCGGGAUUUGCAGUUUCUACUGAGAGAAACCAAACUGUUCGUUGGUCUUGGAUUUCCAUAUGAAGGGCCGGCUCCUUUAGAGGCUAUUGCUAACGGAUGUGCUUUUCUAAAUUUAAGAUUUAACCCACCAAAAAGUAGCAAAAACACAGAAUUUUUCAAAGGCAAACCUACACUCCGAGAGCUGACAUCUCAGCAUCCUUAUGCUGAAGUUUACAUUGGGAAGCCCCAUGUCUGGACUGUAGAUAUCAAUGAUCUUUCUGAAGUUGAGAAGGCUGUGAAAUCAAUUUUGAAUCAAAAGAUUGACCCUUACUUGCCCUAUGAAUUUACAUGUGAGGGAAUGCUCCAGAGGAUGAAUGCCUUUAUUGAAAGACAGGAUUUCUGCCACGGGCAGGUGAUGUGGCCCCCAUUAAGUGCCCUUCAAGUAAAAAUUGCUGAACCUGGGAAAUCCUGUAAACAAGUUUGUCAGGAAAGCCAGCUCAUCUGUGAGCCUUCCUUCUUCCAGCAUCUCAACAAGGACAAAGCUCUGCUUAGGCAUAAUAUCGAAUGUCUCACCAUGGAGUCUGCAAACGAUAUUCUGGUCCCCUCUUUUGAUGCAAGAAGGAAGCACUGUGUUUUCCAAGGUGACCUCUUAUUGUUCAGCUGUGCCGGCUCCCACCCAACCCACAGAAGAAUCUGCCCCUGCAGAGACUAUAUUAAGGGGCAGGUUGCGCUUUGUAAAGACUGCCUAUAGCAGCAGCAGAGCUACUUUUGAGUUGAGGACAAAUGUAAGUAGUUUUGAGAGGAGCUACUUGUUACUUCCUGCACUUUUGUCCAGGUUUUUCGCUGCAGGCAGAGCUGUCAUUGCUGGGCAGAAUUAUCUACUGAGACAGGAGGGAUUCAUAACAAACAGCUAACUGAUCUUUUAUUCCUAUAAGAACAUUUGCAGUGUAACUCUUCAGAUUCCUUCAUCUGUCUGCGAAGAGAAAGGAGUUUCAUGUUCUACAGUGCUUUGAAGAUGACCGCACAGAAUAGUUUGUAGAAAAUUCCCAGACCCAUCAAUCUUCUGGUUUUUGUUGUUUGGGUGAAGUGUUUUCUAUUUUUUUAACAGUUAGGACACUCCCCAUCAUGGUGAGCUAAAGGAUCUCAACUUCAUUCCAGUAGAACACUGAAAAAAGUGUGCUUGAGGGAGGGGGGUUCCGGGGAGGGAGGACUAAUGUUUUUCUCUAGGUGCACUGUUUUGGGUACUGCUUUAGCUUGAAUAGCUAUAAAGUGGUUUACUUCACAAGAACUCGGAAUCACCAGAUAGGUCUGUACCCUGUUAUUGAGUUAUCUGGGCCCGGUUCUUUGGGGUUUUUUGGGUUUUUUUAAAUCUUUGUAUACAACAAGGUAUUAUCUGCACCGCGGCUGCCGCGUCAGGGCAAUCCGCACAGCGAGUGUCGUGAGGGAGCAAACAGGCAGGUGCCAGCGCGACAUAUCUUGGUCACUUGACAGUUGACGUGGAUUGUUGCAUUCUUCAGUAUGGAAAAGCUACAAGAACAUACUGCCAUUUUUGGAAUGGACUUGUCACAGUUUACUGGUCCCAUAUAGAGAGUAAUCCUUGGAGUGUGCCCAUGCUUCUGUUGUAGUCUGUAUACUAGAGAUACUGUGUGAAGCAAAAAGUAUUCAGCAUCAUUGGAGCAAUAUUAUCAUUAGAGCCUCAGUUUGCUACGGCUUCCAGUAGUUAAAGUGUUGCUGAAUGACAUAGAGAGGUUAAACUAAGAUAACUAUAAUUAUUGUACGGUAGAAAUGUAAAAUGUCUUCAUAAAUUGCUAGGUUUUUAAAGAGAAUUUUUUUUUCUAAAGAACAAGUAAGAGGAGACAAACAACUGCUAAGAAAAGCAUUGAUCAGUCUCGUGGGUUCUUUGGUUUCGUGUUUGGGGAGGUGGGGUGUUCUUUUUUUGUUGGUUCUUAGCAGGCAGACCAGUUACAGAUUUAGAAUAAAACUAUUCAAGAGUUUGGAAUCCAAAUCAAACUUCAUUUUUUCAGAGCAGCAAGUUAAAUCUUCUAAACCACCUUCUUAUUCUAGAGGUAAUUUUUGUUAUUUUCAGCAGAAGGUGGCAUGCUUGACAGCACCGUUUGUAGUCAGGGAACGCUAUACCAAGAGUAGCGAGAAACAAAUCUGCAGUGAAUUUUGAAAGCAGUCCUAGUCUCCAGGUUCACAGUUUGGAUGUGCUCUGACUGGACUGACUAAAGCAUCAAAUCGACGCGAAGGGUUUUUUCAUAAAGAAUAACAAACAUCACCAGGGAAUAAGGAAAAGCAUAGCGAGUUUAAAUUUUCCUUUCUUGGACAUAGCUGGUUGGUUCCAAUUUUUCUUGUAACUGGCAUUCAUUACCUGUGUGUGAAUAUCGAUGUCUCUCUCGAGCUACCAAAGACCAAGCAAGGGAAAUGCUGUUUCGUUGUGGAUAAAUUCUCCAGACCAGAGAACAGAACAGAAUACAUUUAGAGUUUCAACUUAAAAGCAAUGAAUUAGCUUUUUCGAGUUUUCCUUUCCUGCCUCAGCACUCCUGACAGUGUUAUCCUGUAACAUUCCAUAACAUCGCUGUGGACUACAAAGGAUCUUUGUCCUGAGAGAUUGUGGAGUAUCCAAAAAGGAUAUUUGAAAGCUGUUGAACAGCCGGGUCACCGGUAACUGGGUUGUGAUGAUGAUGAUGAUAAAAUCUGCUGAAUUUUAGAGUAAUUUUGCAGAAGGAGUACAGCUGGAUUCUGUAAAAGGAGGCAACCUUUCUGUAUGAAAAGAAAACAAACACAAACUAGUACAAAAAUCCUUACUGUUACCAUAGCUCAGUAUUUGCUUCAGUCAGCACAAAUGUCGUUUGCAAUAGUUUUAAUACCCUGGAAGAGCUGGGGGAGGAGGCUUGGAAAUGGCUCUGAGCAGGCACAGCAAUUCCUUUUGUAUUUAUAGAAAAUAUUCCCCCCCAUACCUGUGUAUAUUUGUGCGGCUGGAAACUCCUGCCUAUGGAAGCAUAAGGACUGCCCGGUGCUGCAAGUAAAGGCAACAGCAGAGCUUGUCUUUACCAGCUCAGCCGGAGGUUCUGCAGGAAUUUUGUUGGGAAUGAGGUAUCACAGAACUACGUCGGAAACAAAGAUUUGUAUUUGUGCACUUAAAAACCGCAAAACACAUAGGUUUUGCUGUAGUUUAAUUCUUUGCUGUAAAUACAUCUUUGCUUGUUUCCCCCCACUGUAUAGCCCACAUAGCAUACGGCGUUUUAUUUUCCCUCUAAGCCUUUAAAGAUGGGAGAGGUUUGGGAUUUGUUAUUGCAAGAUUUUCUGGUCUAGUGCUUUGCUCAAUGCUAAGUUUGCCUUUACCGCAGCAGGGAGAGUCUGUUAAAAGCUCUGGUUAUUUCAUGCUGGAACACUGUUUCUUAGUCUACUGAACUGAAUUACUGCGUACCGGCAAAAAUGGAACGGCAAACAGCAACACCACUUGCAUUUCAGCCAGGGACCAAACAUCUGAAUCGGCCUUAGCAUCAGUUGAGGCCGAUCCUAUUCCCACUGAAAUCUGUAUCUCUGAUUAAUGAGAAGCCUCAUUAAUCCUAGAGAAAAAAUAAUCAAUAUAAUUCCAUAGGCCUCUUUAUUUUAAACUCCCUAUUCAGAAGAAAUACCGCUUUUAUGAAAUACAGCUUGAGUCUCGGUUUCUGUGCGAGCGGACUGUCCUAUCGGAACUGAAAGUGCAUCAACUUUCCUUGCUCGCAAACCCCGAUCCGGCCCUCCCUGUCUCACCGCAGGGUUUGUUGAUGCCGUGAUAAAUCAGCACGUCCUUCCGUAGCUGAGCACUGGGACAGAUCCAUGUGGGGCUAUGUAAAAGUCUGAAUGAUUUACUAAAAUCUAUAAUAUAUACCUACAUUUCAGGAUAGAGGGUGGCCUUCCGUCCAAGUUCCAUAACUGUUUUCCUUCCUAAUUAAGGCAUAAAGGUGUACUCCAGUUAUUGCACUUAAACAAAGGUAUUUGAGUUGGGACUGCGCUACUGGUUUUUGGUCUGACAGUAAAGUUUGCAGCUUCCUUUACUCAGAAAUCAGGUUUUUUUGCAUGACUUGCAUUUGAAUAUAUUGAUCCGCAAUUGAUGGGCAAAAAUGUCAAAAGUUGAAUAUAAAAACACUUGACAAGCUUUUAAACAUAUCUCUCAUAUCAAGACAUUCUUUGUUUUAAAAUUUUGUAUUUUUGUAUGUGACCUAGUUUUUUUUCAAAAAUCUUGUUCCUACGAGAUUAGAGAACUUGAGAGAAGCAGUUACGUAUUUAUUAAAAUUAACAUGAAAGGCUUGCCUUUGAAAGGUAAAGUUGGUAAAUACACACUGUUUGAAAAUGCCAAUAAAAACCUCAUUUAUUUCAUAUAUGCAAGUUGAUUUGCACAUGUAUAAAUAGAGUUGCUGUUUGCAUUUUUUGCUUAGUUUCUAUGUUUCUUUUUGUAAUUUAUAGUUGCAGCUGCGUGUUUGCUUGUUUAUAUCAGAUUGUUUCUCCUACAAAUA